UUAUGCCCACCAAUAGCAUCGUAGUUUCACGGUGCUGGUCUAUUGGUAUGUCUGUAAUUUAGAGUAGAGGGAUUAUAAAUAAACAGGAAUGAAUUCAGACGCAUCGUUUAAAUUUGGCUGUAAGGAAAAUGUUUGUGACACGUGCAAUCAGCCUCUCAAGGAGCAAAAUAUAAAAUACACUCCUAACCAAAAAAGGCCAAAACUUGUGUAUUCUGUACCGCAUCAUUCAACGGUCGUAAGUACAAUAUGCAAGAACCACUUCACAGUAUUGCCAUAUCAUCGUUUUCUGGAGUACUGUUGUGAUGUUCAAGUUACCGUGUUUAUCCAACAGCAGGAAUAUGCAAUGAGAGACAUUUCACAGGUGUGUACCAAAGAAAACUAUUGCAAAAAGUGCAGCCCAAAAUGUUUAUCACGAAGGGUAUCAUUUUGCAGCACUGCAUCAGGCGAAUUACAUCUUCCAAUUGAUACAAGUUCCUUGCUUGAAGAAAACAAUGCAUUAAACGAGAACACUACAGUAGAAGUGCAGCCACAGCUGAGAUCAUACCAGCUUGUAGGGGACAGCCUUCUGCUGAGGUUUGCUGAACAAAUCCUUCACAUGGAAGCUAAUACAGUUGAUGGAGUUCGUUCCAUUGGUUUGUGUGUAAGUGGCCAGAAGGUGGCUGACUUGUUGAAGAAGGUGAAACUGGAACUCCAUCCUGUGGCAGAUAAGAUUGUGCUUCUCAUUGGAACCAAUGACAUCCUUCAGAAAACAGAAAAAUCACAACUGCGUCUAACAAUGUGGACUCUGCUGAAGGAGUUACGUAGACGAGCCAGACGAAUUGUGUUGCUCACCUUGCCACCAAUUCCCAAGAUACAGUUCAGGCCAGAUUAUUGGGAACAAAUUGAGGGCUUCAACAUGUUCAUCAAGUCCUUAGAAGAUGAUGAUGUUACGGUAGCAGACAUCAGCCAGCUGUACAUCACAAAGUCCAAAACUUGCAAGCUGGAGUUUUUUGAAAGGUACUAUCGUGAUGGAGAAAGAAAGGACCUCAUCCAUCUCAACAAGCUGGGCCUAACAGAGAUUUACACCUACCUCACAGACAACAAUUGCCUCAUAUGAGUGUCACUGAAACUUAUAAAUUUCCCUAAAACAUUUUCAUAAGUAAAAAAGGACUUAAUUUUAUAAGAACAAUUAAAGCAUAUGUGCAAUCUGAAUGAAGACAAUAUGCACAUGCAGCAUAGAAAGACUGGGCAACAGGCAGGCCAUUUUAAGAUUUGUGGUGCUUCAUUUCUCAACUUUGGUUUAGUUCAAUUCAUUGUUGAAAUAGAUAUUAAAAUAAAGCUUCAUUAUAUACUC